GUACAACAGCCAAGGCCGGCAGAGCUACUUCCUUGUCCUCUGUUUCUGUCUACAGUUUUCCUCUCUUGCACUUUGCAGAACACUGUCAAACCAAUGGACAUGGCUUGAAGAGGUCGAAUGCACUGUCUUCUUCUCUGAAGCUUCUUCUUCAUUUGUGUCAAACCUUAUCACAAGAUCCUUCACACUCACAAUGAACCAGAGUGAUAUCGUCAGAUUCUUGACUACAACUAUCGAUAGCUUCAUUCAAGAUCGGUUAAUCGACAAAGAACGACGGAUCCAACACAAAGAACAGUGUGCAGAGAGGUUAGCAGCUGAAGAUGAAAGCACUGAUAAAGACAGCGAGGUUCAAUACUCUGAUCAAGCAGUAUUAGCAAAUCUUGAUUGGGGUAUGGAAGCCCUUGAAGAAGCCAUAAAUACCUAUAAUAUGGAAACUAAGAUUGCCCGCCUAGAUUAUGCUGAGAAGAUGUUACAAGUGUGUGCCAUGUUGAAUCCCAAUCAAAAUACUGCUGGGGUGCCCAAUUUCUACCUCUCAGCUUGGGCUCACCUUAAUCUAUCCUACCUGUGGAAGUUGAAGAACAAUACUCAAAAUUCAAUUUGCCACGCUCUUGAGAUGUUCAUCGUUGACCCUUUCUUCUCACGGAUUGAUUUUGCCCCAGAGCUUUGGAAAGAUCUGUUUCUUCCACACAUGGGCUCCAUUGUGGGUUGGUAUUCAGAGGAGAGGCAUGGACUUAUGAUGGAAGUCAUGCCCGACUCUCCAGAUUUGUCCUUUACAGCUGAUUUUGAUCAAUUCUUCAAUGAGUCUUUGAUAUAUACUAUGAGGCCACAUCAAGUAGAGAAACUGCAAAAGCUGGAGAAGCUUUAUGGAGAGUCAUUGGACAAAAACACGAGACUUUAUGCAAAGUAUUAUAAGGAUUGCGUCAGCCCUGAUUCAACCUCCAGCAAGAAGGCUCCAAUGUUACCGAUUGCUGAGCCACCGAUGACACCUCUGCAUGAAUUGAGCUGCACCAUUCCUGAUUAUGUAAAAUUUGGUCCUAUAUUGCCUAAGAGUGCUGGGUUUUCUCCUGUUCUGAAAUCUAAAGAUGGUGCAAACGAAACUAUCAGAGGGAAUGCGACUUCCAGCCAUUCACCAAAGGCAGAGAAGUCUUCAUCUACACGGGGUGCUAAGGAGAGUACCAUUGGAGAGUAUGAAGAUUCAGAAUAUGACCUCAAUGAUUCAUACAUUGACCCAGAUAGAAAAACUCAAACUAUUGUAUCUCUUAGGAUUAACAAUAUCAAGGGUGAGGAUGUUGGGCCAAAAGUACAUCAAUCAAACCAGAAGAAUCAAAUAUAUUCUCCUCCAGUUUUCUCUCCUUUGGAUUCUCCAAGAGCUCCUCCAAAAAAUUCAUCUUCAAUUCAUGAGAUACACACUAAAGGAGAACCCAAAUCUUUGCGCUUAUUGUCUAGGCGUUUUUCAGACUCAAGUAUUUCCAACUCUUCACCAAUAUCUCCACACAUGAGUACUGAUCACAGUAUCAGCUCAGAAGAUUCUGAUAACGAAAUAAUGGGCGUGAAGAACAGUCAGAGGAAAAACCGUUACUGAAAAGACUUUAAUCAUGAGAAAGAGAAUACCCUCUCAUUCAAUGACAAUUCUGUUUAUGAGAGCCAUGAAGGAAAUAGCAGUAGCAGUUUAUCACUGAAAUCAGAGAAGACGACCGUUCAAUCAAGACCACCCAAAGAUUUUGUUUGCCCUAUCACAGGCCAGAUAUUUUGCGAUCCUGUCACCCUUGAAACAGGCCAGACGUAUGAAAGAAAAGCAAUUCAGGAGUGGCUCAAAACAGGAAAUACAACAUGUCCCAUUACACGGCAAUCUCUCUGUGCUAGCAUGCUACCUAAAACAAACUAUGUCUUGAAGAGAUUGAUAACAUCGUGGAAAGAACAGCAUCCAGAACUAGCUCAGGAGUUCUCAAAUUCAGACUCAUUACGGGCUUCUCUAAAUUCUCCCUCUAUCAAAGAUAUACCAGUGGUCUCUAAUAUGCACAGAACAGCUGAUUCACCAGCUCAUAAGAUUGCAGAUGAUUAUAUUAGACAAAGGAGCAAAAGAUUUAUGCAGAUCUCUGCCGCAUCAUCACCAACUAGUGUAAUAUCUCAAGCUGCAGUUGAAACAACUAUAAAUUGUUUGAAACCUUAUAUUUCAAGUCUUUGCACAUCAGAAGACUUGCAAGAAUGUGAAGACUCUGUGCUGGUAAUAGCUAGAUUAUGGAAGGACUCAAAGAAUGAUCCUCAUAUUCAUUCUUAUUUAUCGAAUCCAACUGUUAUAAAUGGUUUAGUGGAAAUACUUUCAGCUUCUCUAAACAGAGAAGCCCUGAGAACGUCAAUUUAUAUCCUCUCUGAACUAAUUUUUGCAGAUGAAAGUGUUGGAGAAAUACUCUCCAAUGUUGAUUCUGACUUCGAUUGCUUGGCUACUUUGCUCAAGAAUGGUUUAAUUGAGGCUGCUGUUCUAAUUUACCAACUGAGGCCGGUUUAUGAUCAGCUCUCUGCUCAUGAACUAAUACCCUCCAUUGUCCAGCAGAUCCAGAACAAAAAUGAGGAGUUUAACGACCUUCGGUUCCUUAUUGAUCCUAGAGAUGCAUCUGUAGCAAUUCUUGAGCAGAUUUUGUUAGGAGGGAAUGAACAUAGCAGGUCCCUCAAUGCCUUGAGUGUCAUUUCAGCAAAUGGAAUUCCAAUCUUGGUCAAGUAUAUGGAAAGGAUGGAAGGAAGGAGGUCUGUUGUUUCCAUUCUUCUGUGCUGUAUGCAAGCUGAAAAAAGUUGCAGGAGCUUAAUUGCAAACAGAAUUGAACUAUCUCCUAUUCUUGAAUUAUUUCAUUCAGGAAAUGACACUGUCAGAGGAAUAUGUGUGGAGUUUCUCUCACAACUUGUUCAAUUGCACAGGAGGACAAUGUGCAACAAGAUAUUGCAGAUUAUCAAGGAUGAGGGAACAUUUAGUACCAUGCACACAUUUCUUGUGUAUCUUCAGAUGGCUCCUAUGGAUCACCAACUUGCAGUUGCUGGUCUUUUGCUUCAGCUUGAUCUCUUGGUUGAGCCCCGAAAGAUGAGCAUUUUCAGGGAAGAAGCUGUAGAGACCCUGAUAGAAUCACUUUGGCGAAAGGACUUCUUAAAUACUCAGACGAAGGCUUUAGAUGCUUUAAUACUUCUUAUCGGGCAUAUCACUUCUGCAGGAAAGCCAUACAUUGAAGCCUGGCUGCUUAAGACUGCAGGAUUUGACCAACCUUACAAUGCUCUAAUGAAAGCUGAGCAGUUGGAAAAAUAUGACAACGAUUUGGUGGAAACAAUGGAGGAUGAAGAGAAUGCGAUGAGCUCUUGGCAGAAAAGGGUAGCUUUUGUUCUUUGCAACCAUGAAAAGGGUUCUAUAUUUAAAGCUUUAGAAGAAUGCCUCAAGAGUAGUUCCCUAGAGACAGCAAAAUCAUGCCUUGUCGUCGCCACAUGGCUCACAUGUAUGCUCUCAGCCAUUCCUGAUACUGGUAUAAGGGAUGUUGCUCGAAAAUCCUUGCUCGAGGAACUUAUAAAUGUCCUCCAAUCAUCCAAGAACCUCGAGGAAAUGAUCCUAGCUACCCUUGCUUUGAAGAACUUUAUUAGUGAUCCAAUUGCUCUUGAAGCACUCGGAGCUUAUGCCAAAAGCAUCUAUAGAACAUUGAGAAAGUUGAAGAAAUAUUCUAUGGUGGCAGCCGAUAUUAUGAAACCCUUACUGAACUUAAAAUCCGUUGAUGUGACAGCUUUGUGGAGUUGUAAGGAAGUCGUUGAGUUAGAUUUGAGCUCAAAUGGAGAGGUACUUUCUUUGCUCUAUGUUAAAGGUCGGGUCUUAAGUGGACACUCCGAUGGAACCAUGAAGGUGUGGGAUGCUAGGAAGAAAGUAUUAAGAUUGAUUCAAGAAACCCAUGAGCACACUAAAGCGGUAACAUGUCUCUACUCUUCAGGGGAUAAACUGUACAGUGGCUCCUUAGACAAAACCAUCCGGGUAUGGACAAUGAAAUAUGAUGAGCUUCAUUGUAUUCAAGUUCAUGAUAUCAAAGAGGCGGUGCAUGAGUUAAUAGCAAAUGAUAAAUUGGCAUGCUACGUGACUCAAGGAACAGGAGCUAAGGUGUAUAAUUGGUCGGAGGCUCCAAAGCUUAUUAAUUUCAACAAACAUGUCAAAUGCCUUGCAAUGUCUGGGAACAAACUCUACUGUGGUUGCUCUGGUUACAGUGUUCAGGAGGUAGACUUGUCGAAUUAUACAUCAAAUACAAUUUUGUCCGGGACAAGAAAAUUGCUGGGAAAACAAACCAUUCACUCCCUUCUGAUUUAUGAUGAUUGUCUCAUCGCUGGUGGUUCUUUGGUUGAUUCCACCGCAGGAAAGAUAUUGUCGCUGUCGUCCAAAGCUGUGGUGGGGUCACUCUCAACUGGUCUAGACAUCCACCGUAUGGCUAUGAACAAUGACUUUGUAUUUACAGGCACUAAAUGUGGCACUAUUGAGGUGUGGCUAAAAUAUAAGUUAAGUAGGGUUGCUUCCAUCAAAAUGGCUGGUGGUCACCCAAGAAUCACGUCACUAGCAUCAGAUGCAGAUGGUUUCAUGCUUUUUGUUGGUUCCUCGGACGGCAAGAUUCAGGCCUGGGCUUUGGAUUAGAUGCUGUGUGGGGACAUACGGACAAGUAUUAACGCAUCCUUAAAUUAGCCAAAUGUAUGCUAACAGUUUUUUCCUAUCUACAUUGCACAUUCGUACAAUUUCAUGAAUCAAUAUCAUUGUUCCUUGGGCUGUAAAAUAAACUAUUCGAAUUAGAUCCGGCAUGUUCAAGUUUGUGAAGUCUGCAAAUCCUGAACGCUACUUUAAGCAAAUACGAACGAUAUAACAAUAUUUUUAAAGA